AUGAGCGACUUCAAGACCAACGAGUACGAGGAAGGGUUUGCCCUCGAGUGCCGCGCCAUCAAGCGCCUCCGCGACGAGAUGGGCCUCACCAACGCCAUCAUCAUGAUUCCGUUCUGCCGAACGAUUGGGGAAGCGAAAAAGGUGCUGGACGUCAUGGCCAAGUACGGGCUCAGGAGGGGCGAAAGGGGCCUACAGGUCUACGUCAUGUGCGAGAUCCCGUCCAACGUCAUCCUCGCAGACUCCUUCACGGAGCACUUUGACGGCUUCUCCAUCGGAUCCAACGACCUGACGCAGCUGACGCUCGGCGUGGACCGCGACUCGGGGGAGCUGGCGGACCUCUUUGACGAGCAGGACGAGGCCGUCAAGUGGAUGCUGCGGCGCGUCAUCGCGGUGGCGAGGAAGCGCGGCCGCAAGAUUGGCAUCUGCGGGCAGGCGCCUAGCGACCAUCCCGAAUUCGCCAAGUUUCUCGUCGAGGCGGGUAUCGAUUCCAUCUCUGUGAGCCCCGAUAGCUUCCUCGCGGUGAAGAAGCACGUCGUGGCUGCGGAAGCGGAGAAGUGA